AUGGACCCGUUGAUACGAGCCCGUCGUGGCACUGGGUCCAGAGAGGUGGAUGAGGCCAGUGCGGCCUACGAUGUGGAAUACCAAGCAGCCUUGAGCCAAGCGGAAGCUAGUGCAGUUUCUGGGGGCAAUGCCAGUGGGGUGUUGGCCCGUGGCUUGGUUCCUGGAGAGGCAUCUCCCGGGACCUUAGAGAUGGGGGAAGCGAGAGCGGAUAUGGGACCGCGAGCAAACCCCUUCCACAGCGAGCGAGUGAAAGCAGAAGUUGAGCUGAUGCGGCACAGGCCGACAACCCUGGAUGACGACGCUCGACGACUGCAAGGGGAGCAUGAUGAGACGGCACUGGGGGAUACUAAGCUUAACUCUCUGCAGGAGCCAGACUACGCACAGAUGAAGGGAGGUCCAGAGGCCCCUAGGGUAGCACGGGUAGAGCCUACUGAGGAGGCUACUGGUGUUGCCAUGGGGCCUGGGAGCGGUUUUGAGCGAUUCCCUGCCGGUGAGCCGGCAGUACAACAACCGCUCAAGGAACAAGUUCCUGGUGCGACGUCUGGAGGCGGCGAGUUAGAUAAGCAAGUCCCGGGUGUUGAGGAGAUGGACUCUGGAGCCUAUCGUUUGGGAGAUGAUCAGCGGGAGCUUAUUCCUGACGAGGGGGAUAGAUGGGGUAGGAUGGAGGCGUUGCUGGUGCAGAUGAUGGAAGAGAAUAAAGGUCUGAAGAGAAGGCUGGAGUUGACGGAGCGCGAAAGUCGUUCGCACUCCAGCUGGCACAGUGGCCUGGCACCAGAUUUCUCUCCGGCAACUUUUGGUCAUCGUCCUGAGAUGAGUGUACAGAAGUUUGCACCUCCCGAUUUCUCGAGUCAAGAAGCUGUGAACUUUAUGGGUGGGAGGUUUGAUGCGGAAGGGUAUCCUAUUUCUCCUGGGGGUACGGUUAUCCGACCCCCGCCCAUUCCACCGGCGGCCACGGCAGCGCCUGCGGCUGCGGCUCCUCUGAUAGGUAGGUGCAUCGUUACCAGAUGCCUCAUUACUCCUGAAAGGAGUGGACGGAGCUAUGGCUACGAAGCGUUAGUUGCGGAGGCUACGAAGCUUCUUAAAGGGGUGUCUCUGCGUGCGUUGCGGUUGGACUGUGAGGUUGACCUUACCUGGGUUAGGCCUGCUGGCUCGUUGGAACUUGAGGCGGUUGGGCUAGAGCUCCUGGACAGAUAUGAGGAUUUGAAGUCCCAUAAGGCCGUGUUGAGCAAGGCCGAGGUAGAUGACCUUGGAAAGAGGUUUCGCCGUUCCAUAGCCAAGGCAGAAGCCGGUUCGGUGAUGUUGGCAGUAGGUAAAGUACCCCCCCCUGAUUCGAGUCAGAUCUUCCUGGCAUUUGAACCCAGUGGUGCAGUGGUUAAGAAUGAGGGUUCGGAGGUGCGAGUCGGUGACUGGUUCGGUUCGUUGUCUAGCGAAUAUGGGUUGCAGACGGCUUGCUUUGACCAGGGUUGUAUCGGUGCUCCGGGGGUCUAUGAGACGCGGCUGAUGACUUCUUCAUGGUAUCUUUACGAGAAUCUGCAUGCGGUCCGAGUAGAUGAUAAGACGCGUGCGUUGCUGGAAUUGGUUCAGAGGGUUGACAUGGGGUCUGCUCUAGGCCGGGCUGGAUGGGUGGGUAACCUUCUAAGUUUUGUCCAAAAGGCCUGGUUGAUGUGGAAGUGGGAACAAGGAAGGCAAGAGGAGGUUGAGGAACGUAGACUAAUCCUUAAACGCCUUUCUGAGGAGGAGUCCUACCGAAAGCAUGUGGAGCAUGACCAUGUGCCAUAUAGAAAGGGCUGUCCAAUCUGUAUAGCAGCGCAGGGGCGGCAAAGGUCUCAUUGGAGGAGCGGGUUUCCUGGGAUGCACUCUUUGAGUGCGGACGUGGCUGGGCCAUUUGUUUCGGGACAAUCCUGGGAUGUGGAGGCUAGCGGGCGUGAUAAGGGAAAGGGGUAUAAGUAUUUUUUGGCGUGCGCUUAUGCUAUUCCACAAGGGUAUGUACCAGAAGGCUUGGAGACAAGGGAGGAGGAUGAUUAUGAGCCUUCGGAGUGCGGGGGUCUUAUACCGGAUGAGCCAGAGAAUUAUGGAGAUAAGGAAGUGGGUGACUUGGGAAGUGCUGACCUUCAAUCCUUGGAGGAGUUCUUUAGACUACCGGGGGAGCCUCCAGAGGAAAAGGAAUCAAAGGAGCGAAUUGUGGUGAAGCCUCCAAGCUUCUUAACGGAACUCGGGAUUCUCUCGCGGGAGGAUCGUUGGUGGAUCCGGAAGGCGUUGUACGGGCUUCCCACCAGUCCAAGGGACUGGGGGAGGUAUAGAGAUGCGGAAUUCCGGGAUUUCUUCAUCCAUUGGGCUGGAAAGGUAUACCGCUUAGAGCAAACUAAGAGCGAUGAUGCUUUGUGGCUGGUUAAGUCCUUUGAAGGGGAGGUGUUUGGUGGCACCACUGGUAUUCUGGUGGUGUACGUCGACGACCUUGCUUUUUUCGGUCCUAAGGGACUUUGCCAAGCGUUUAUCAAGGCGGUACAGGCCCAUUGGAAGACGUCAGAGCCAGAUUGGUUGGGAGCAGACCCGGUCACUUUCUGCGGUAUCGAGUUAACGUUGGGUAGCCAGGGAUAUCGAUUGACGCAGCGGGCAUACGUGCAGGAGCUCUUGAAUCGAUAUCAAAUCGAGAAUGAGUCGUCGGUUCCUCUUUACAAGUGGGCAGAACCAGACGGGCAGGAUGUGGUCCAGGCGGAGCAGGUAAGGGAAGCGCAGGCGAUCACUGGAGCUUUACUGUGGCUGUCUACGCGCACCAGACCAGAUCUGGCGUACGUGGUUUCCCGUUGCGGGCAGCAGGCCACUAAGUGCCCAGAGGUGUCAAUCGGCAUGGGCAAACAAGCUCUGGCGUAUUUAAAGUCCACCAUUGAUAUGGGAAUUGAUGAGCAUGCAGGCUAUUUUUAUUGUCUGGCGUGGGGUGCCGGUUGCGUGGGAAGUUACGAGGCAGCCUUUUACGCUGUUCAGCCCUUGGUAGACGAGUUGAUUGAAGAGGAUACGACUGUGAUGCGCGCCCUAGCUGGUCGCGAGCGUAUUGCUGCCCAUCUUCUGAAGGUUACUCACCUGCCAGGGGAACACCAACUGGCAGAUCUAGGCCUGGCGUUGUUGGCCGUGCUUCCUCAAGUGAAGGGCCAACCGAUUGAAGACCGGCUGGAAGUCGGGUUCAGUUGGUUGGUUUGGGUUCUGACUGGGAUCUUCUCUGGAGUUGCGUUAG